UUGCAGAGGAUACCAGGUUGUAACUGAGAGGACUUUACUGUGGAAUCGAUAAACCUAAAUAUGUCUCUACAUUUCCUCGAUGGUAAGGAGCCAACGCUUGAACGAUCAGACCUGAAACCAGCGACUGCAGCCUCUGGGCAGAACUUUCCUGUCAGAAACAGUCCACACCUGCGGACCAAACCCAUGGCAGCCGAACGCAGCUUCAGCGAUAGCUUCAUUGACGAAGAUCCACAGAGAGCGCUAGAGGCUCUUAACGAGGCCCUUCAAGGCGACUGUGACAACGCUGAGUGGUUCUGUCAGCGUGCCUAUGCCCACAUACUCCUGAAAAACUACAGCAGUGCCGUUGAUGAUGCAAAGAAAGCCCAGCAGCUAAAACCCAGCCUACCUCUAGCCUUCAUGCGGACAGGAAUUGCAGAGUACCACCUGAAAAACUACGAGUCAGCACAGGCCGCUUUCUCUCAGGUCCAGCAGCUGGACGAUUCUGACAAAUCGUUUGAAGUCUGGAUAAAGCGGUGCGAAGAGAUGAUGGGGACUCAGACGCUCAACGGCACCGCCGCCACGAUUCUGACAAAUCGUUUGAAGUCUGGAUAAAGCGGUGCGAAGAGAUGAUGGGGACUCAGACGCUCAACGGCACCGCCGCCACGCAGACGCCAGCCGCUCCACCUGUGAAGCACGACUGGUACCAAACGGAGUCGCAAGUCAUCGUCACGAUCAUGGCCAAGAACGUUCCCAAGGACGGCCUGCGUGUCAGCUUCACGGAGCGAGAGCUCUCUGCAGAGAUAGAAAUGGCGUCGGGCGAGAACUGCAACCUCCACUUCCACCUCCUGCACCCCAUCGUCCCACAGCAGAGCAGCUUCAAGAUCCUCACCACCAAGGUGGAAAUCAAGAUGAAGAAGACAGAUGCCAUCAGAUGGGAGAAGCUGGAGGGAGAAGGACAGGAGUCCAACAUCAAACACUUCAAUCCGAAUGAGUACCCCACAUCUUCGCACUACACUAAGUGGGACAAGGUGGUACUGGACAUAAGCGAGGAGGAGAAGAACGAGAAGCUGGAGGGAGACGCGGCGCUCAACAAGCUCUUCCAGCAGAUCUACUCGGACGGCUCGGACGACGUCAAACGAGCCAUGAACAAAUCCUUCAUGGAGUCUGGUGGUACGGUCCUGAGCACCAACUGGGGCGACGUGGGCACGAGGAAGGUGGAUGUGAAGCCCCCAGAUGACGUAGAGUUCAAGAAAGUCUGCACCGAUGGCUCGGCUUCUUGACUCGCCUGGCUCAGCACCUGCCGCUCCAUCAGUGUGACUCACGCUUCAUUGUAAAUAAAAGAUUUCUUGUUUUGACUGGA